AAACACGGAGCCAGUCAGAGUCCUGGCGCUGUGAUUGGAGCAGAGCUCUUCCGGGAAGAGGCGAGCCUGCAGACGGUGGCGUACGCAGAGUUGGGCGUACGCUCUCGAGUGGGCGGAUUGUUAGCAGUGACAGCGAGGCUCGACCGAAGAAGCCCGACAAAAGUGUCAAAAAGCAAACAAGUGAAGCCAUGGCAGAGGAAGACCUAAACCUGAGUGAUGCACUCACCGACAGUGUUCCACAGCCUGGUGUAGAGAGCAUGGUGGAGAAGGAUUUUGUGGCUCAGCUGGAGGCAGAGACGUUUGAUGAUCAGGUCAAGGAAAUGGUUGAAAAGUCGGACUACACCCCCCUGCUGGAUGGCGAUGAUACUAGGCCAGGGUUCUCACACUCUGAAGGAAUGGAAGUGAAUAUGUUGGUAGGAGACACCCCACUUCAAGUGGAGAAAGCCUCAAAUAUGUCAGAUCUUCAGCAUCCCACACUCCCAGCAGUGGCAUGUACUCCACAAGAGUACAGCCCAGCGCUACCUGAACCCCAGACACCUCAUAUUCCUCUGGAUCUGACAGAAGGUGCCUUAGGUGAGUGUCGGUCAAACCAAUCUGGCAGCCUUUCAACAGACCCACUUUUCAUGCCAAGUGUUUCCAUGGGUUUUGCUAAACAACCAGGCCAUAUUGCAGCCAGCCCUGAUAAUCCACUUUACAGCUGUCAUAUCCACGAGAGUGCUGUGCAUGCUGAAGUUGACGAAAGAGACGUAAACGGAUCAGACCAAAAACAGAAAAAAAAGAAAAGACGACGACAGAAAGAUGGGGGAUCUCAUGAACACCUUGAGGUCAGGGGCCAACUGGAAAUGGAAGAAAACACUUCUCCAUCUGAAGGGUUCUACCAUAGAAUUGAUCCAAGAAGGGAUAAAGGAGGAGCAGGCUGGGAUGAUCAACUUGGAAGGAACAGAGGCCGGGGGAAAAGAGGUAAAAGCAGAAAGAAGCUUCCAGAGGAAUGGGGAGUGACUGCAGAAUCAUUUAUACCAGCUUCUGAGGCAACCUCACAAAAUACUGAAGAGGUGAUGAUAAAUCAGGGAGACCUGAACCAAAACCCCUAUAAAAAGGAGGUCCAUUCAGAAGAAGGCUCAUUUUCUCAGCGUUUGUCUGAAGAUUGUUUCCCCACAACAGCUGGAGGCAUCAGUCCAUUGGCACUAGGCAGUGAGCUUAAAGCCACUGCAGCUCCCUUUACUUUGCCAUUCCCUACCAAAACAACAAUGCCUGGAUCCUUCCCCGUCGCUACUUCCUCUAGUGAUUCAUUUGACCUUUUAGUAGAUCCUGAAGAUGCCAGCCUGGGUCACACCGAACAAUCUUUUUACUCACCUUCCUUUUCAAAAAGUAAAGAAGCCGGUGGCAACAUUGUAGACCCUACCAGUUUAUACCUGGAAUCUUCCAUACAAGACAUGUCUGAGAGUGACACAUCAGCUUUCAGCUCUGCCUCAAAGACAAGUUUAGGCCAUUCCCCACCUGUUGACUUGUUUGCUUCAGGCCCACAUGUAUCAUUUUCUGACGCUUCAUGGCAAGAGUCUUUUGACUUCAGUAAUAUAGGAGCUCCGGGUCUGUCCUUUAACACACCAAGCCCAGCACCUCUCCGCUCUCCCAAAACUACUGCACCAGAAUUCCAACCUAAGCACAAGAAUGCAGUCCAGAUGCCAUCCCAAAAAACACCCGUUUUGUGCUCACCAUCAUCUGAUAUGAGUUCUACUCCACCAGAAGCUAAGACAUUGUCUCCACAGUCAUCUGAUGUCAUUGCCCCCACAUCUCCUCAGUCAGAGUCCACUCUUAGUGUAUCUGGAUCUGGUCUUAAUCCAACAGCUAAGCCUUUCUUUCCCAGCUUUGCUGAUCCGAUGGAAUACCUAGAUGUGAUGCCUGAAGUUGUACCCAUCAUGAAAGAAAAAUGUAACAAUAUGGAGGAAACAGAAAAGGAGGAGGAACGUAUGGAGGAAACUGAGAAGAAAGAGAAAAGAAUGGAGGAAACUGAGGAUAAGGAAAAAAUAGAGGAAACUAAGAAGAAAGAGGAAAGAAUGGAGGAAACUGAGAAGAACGAGGAAAAACUGGAGGAAACUGAGAAGAACGAGGAAAAACUGGAGGAAACUGAGAAGAACGAGGAAAAACUGGAGNAAGAACGAGGAAAAACUGGAGGAAACUGA